CUUCAAAAUGGACGCAAUAUCUUUGUGUUCCCAUUCUUAGAUCGCGUGAGCAGAAGUGAUAAGUUUAGCAGUUUACUUUUCCAAAUAAAAAAGUGGAGUGUGAAAACCGAAAAAAAUGCCAAUGAAUUUAAUUUUGUGAUAUACUACAAGUAAUUGAGGCGAAUGUGGACCAAGGUCCAAUGCGAUGCGUGAACUUUUAUUCAAAUAACGCAAAGAAUUCAAUAGAAAACAACUAAAACUCUCUGAUGGAAUUUUGUAAUACACGAAUUUUGAGUUUUUCUUUGUGACCUCACUCACUUUUUUUGCGUUUCGGCGUUCGUGUGGCUUAAGAAUACUAUAUCAGAACUUGCUGCACUAUAGCGUAGAUCGUCCAUGAAAAUAUUGCAACUAAUUUGUUUUUGACUAGUUUAGAAUUGCAAAUUGCCAUAAAAGUCUCCAAAAAGACUUUAACCGAAAAGCUUGAAGUAGAGCAGUGGACCAAGAGGACAGCAUUUGGUGUGCGGGUGUUUGUGUGUGCAUAUAUGUCAGCCCUAAACGAACGAACGACUAGCUGGUUGACUGGCUGGACACACGAAAAACCGAGAAACGCAGCGACAAAGAAGAAAACAAGACAAGAAAAGAAAGAAGUACGAAUAACUGAACAGAUACAAAGAAACCAAUUUCGAAAGUGCCUAAAAAUAAGGACAAAUUUAAUUCCUUCUAAAAAUAAAUAAAAAAGUGAUAAACGCGGAUUAUCGGUUAGCGUUUUGUCCGCUAAACUAAUUCAUUUUUAAUAACAUGCGCCUUUACAAAUUUGAAUUUUAUUAAACUACUGCUUUAUCAAAAUUUGCCUCCACGAGAUCGAAGAAAGUUUCAUGUCGUUUAACUACUGAAUAUUAGUUUUAUAUUAUGGAAAAAGGAAAAAUACAUGUAAAAAAUGAGCAUCGCGGCGGGUCUGCACAAACCCAACACCAACAGCAUACAACGACAAAAGCUCCUGAAGGCCAUCCUGCUUCUGCAUUAUCACCUGAUUUGAAGUCGACACCUUAUAUGGGAACACAGCAUAACUUAGAGCAAUCGCAAGUUCAAUCAACAUACUACCAUUCGCCGCAACGUCCAUCGUCCAAAACGAAUCCAGCCAAUCUCUCCGAAUGUGAUACUAUCGGAAAUUCAGCACACGAUGGUGUAUUCCCUUUGUGUUAUGUAUGUGGUGGUAAUGGUGGUUGCGAAUCUCUGCGCGUUUUCAAGAAUCCAGAUUGUCCAACGGAACCAUAUUUUCCUUUCUUGGAACGUCACGAACCGCCCAAUGGUGUUCCGAGACUUACGGCUACACAGAAAUAUGUAAUUGCCUGUAUGUUAUGCUAUCGUUCAUUACGUGAGCAAUGGGACUCAUAUGAACGUAAGAGAAAACAUCACUCGCAACGUUUGUAUCAUAUGAAGCGUGUGGAUGGCAAGAGUUAUAUUGGCGCUGAUAUGCAAACGCAAGGCGAAUAUGCUGCACAAGUGCUUGGUCUAAGUGCCGAUCAUUUACAGCAUGGCGCAUUGCAAGAAGAGUUUGCUUACCUAAGCGGUGUACCGAGAACACCAAGUCACACCGAAUACGAACGUCAACCGAAUAUGGGUAAUCAGUAUUAUCCGCUGACAUCACAAGAAUCAUCAACACCAACCUCACAUUAUGCUCAAACAAAUAGUAUGCCUAGCUCAACGACACAACAAUACUGUGAUUAUUAUAAUCGAAACUUCAACGCUACCUUGAAUGGCCAAAUGACGCCACAAUUUACGCCAAAAGAUAAACAAACUGGCUCUACCCAGUUACCUAAGAGUGUUGCACAAGGAGGUGACGAGCCCACGUUCAAUGAGCAACGCAAAUCUGUUGGUGGCGGCACGGCAUAUGAUGCAUUAAAUAUAAAAUCCUCUUCAUUUGCUCAUCACAAAUUUAAAUUGGGUCAAAUUUCCUAUACACGCAAUGAAUUUAGCCCACCAAAUGAUGCUCAAAAACCUGCAAAUUCAAAUAAUGAUAGCAAACCGCAACAACAACAACAGCAACUGCAACAACACCAACAGCAACAACAACUACACCAGCGUCCCGAUCGUACAAGUCCAGCCUAUGAUUAUGCAAUAGCACCUGGUGCUGUUGGUGGUCAUUCCAAUGCACCUUCAAUGGCUGAUGUUGAUGAUACGGGCGCUGUUUUAGAUUUGCGCAACUCGGCAAAUAACAUGUGUGAACCGUAUAUGUUGGCAUGUGGCAGCUCACGUCAAAUGUUUCGAAAUACUUCGCCCAGCAAUACAACCAAUGCCGUCGAUGUAGGCAUAUUGGAUCUAUCAAUGCCGGACAAGAAUUCGUUGACCGAAGUUUGUUAUGUUUGUGGUGAUGAGCAGCGUCGCGGUAGUCUCAUCGAGUUGAGUACUGUGCGUUCCAAAGAUGGAAAGGGUCGUCAGCAGCCAUAUUUUCCUAUAUUCAAUGAACAAAUUCCUCGUCCACCACGCUCUCGGCCUAAAGAUCCACGUGGCAUGAUACAAGCCUGUCAGUUAUGCUAUGAACACCUAAUACAACAAUGGAAUAACUAUCAGACUACACAAACACCUGAAAAUGAACGCUCCUAUACGUUACGUAAGAAACCCGCAUCCGUCACGGAACGCACCACAUUUGUCUGUUAUACUUGUGGCGGCGAUACGCCCUCCUCACGUUUACGCCUCGUCUACUGUUGCCCGAAUGCAGAGCGCGAACCGUAUUAUCCCUUUAUAAAAACAAUGAAAGCUUUCAAAAAUGCUAGUCCAAUAAGUCCACAGGGCAUGGUGCAAAUAUGUUCCUCAUGUUAUGAAAAGCAUUUAUAUUUGGCUGAAGGUGGCAAUAAUACCACAAUGGCCGGAGCUACCUCGACAGGGCGUAGUAUAUCUACGGGUGGACCUACUGAUAAUAAUAAUGCUGCCGGCGUUGGUACUGCAGGCGGUACAGUUUAUAAUAUCGAUAGUGACGCAAAUCUCAGCAACAACAAUGUGAUCGCAACGAGCGCCGAGGGUGCAGGACGUUACACACCCUCCGAGAAGUCAUUAGCCAACUCCGAUUCGACAAGCAAUGUGAAAUUUAAGCCAUAUGAACCGAUUUCAAAUAGUUCUACAUCCACACAGCGUGAUUUCAAAUUUGCACGACAAGGCGAUUCGCGUCCGAAUUCGCCGACAUCAUCAUCACAGGGACCGCCGGGCGAGAAUGAGCGUGGACAAUAUCCUUGUUACAUCUGUAAAGUGCUUUGCGCUGCCAAUAAAAUGGAAUGGCUAUCAACUAGUGCUGAGCACAUGAAUUCUCAUGCCAUGCAUUUUCCCUGUUUACGUGGCAGCAGUAAUAAUGGUCGCGAUAAUGUCAGCCUAAGUGGUAAUGGUGGUGGUGUUGGUGGUGGAAGCACUGCCAAUAAUAAUGAUACGAAUAAUCGUGUGCUCGCUUGUAAGGAUUGUGUUAACUAUUUGGCACGUCAAUGGGAGACAAUGGAUGCUGAACGUGUGCCAUUGGAGCAUCGCAGAUAUAAUAUACCCUCGCCUAUGAUAACAUCAAGUUCACCAAAUGGUUCACGUCAUGGUGGCCUCACUAUAACUACACCGCCGUCCACGCCAUCUGUGUCUUCAACACCUGCCAGUACAUCUAUUUAUUGUUUUCUCUGUGGCUUACAUUCGGACUUGACAUUGGCGAGGGUGUUGUAUGCGAGCAAGGAGGGAUCUCGACCAUAUUUUCCGCAUCUCCUCAAACAUAAUUCGCUGCCAAAUGCCGAGCAACUGCGUAAGGAUUACUCAGCGCUUGUUUGUACAUUUUGCUACCAUUCUAUGUUGAAUCAGUGGCGCAAGUAUGAAGCGCAAACACCAGCUAUAGCGCCAACAGAACGCAAAUACAAUUGGCAUGAUUAUAUUUGUCAUUUAUGCGGUAUAACGACGUACCGUAAGCGAGUGCGAGCGCUACCAGUUAAUGAGUUUCCAUUUGUGAAGAAUCGUAAAAAUGGCGAUGGGCUUUUGUUGGAGAAUGGUGAAUAUGCUGUGGUUUGUUUGGAUUGCUACGAGAGUCUUAGACAACAAGCAUCGCAUCAUGAUCGUUUUGGUGUACCGAUUUCUAGGCGUGGAUAUAACUGGGUACCACAACCACCACCACCCGAGGAUAGUCCGGAUGUUGCUGUGGCGCGUUUGCCAUGUGGAGAGCGUUCCGAUCGAUUUCCCAUCAACACCACCCUUAGAUCCAUAUCUAAUAAGAAAAUCGCAUCGCCGAAGCAGGGUGAAAAAUCGAAGGAUGUUCCUCCAAAGAGCGGCCAAAAACGCCCAGCAACCAGUCCAGCUCCACCCAUCCCUUCGCCACAUCAUAUACAAUCACCUUCCAACACACCUGGCGCGGGCAAUAACAGCGGCGCCGCAGCGGCUGCGCAAAUGACAACCAAUCCGGCGCUAAUGAAUCACGUCAUGGCGCCAAAUCAGUUGAGUGGCCUGCAGGCUGCCUCAUUGCAACAACAACAACAGCAACACCAACAGGCCGUUGCCGCAGCAGCUGCUGCCGCACAAGCACAGCAGCAACAGCAGCAGCAAAUGGUGGGCGUGCCGAAUGCAUUGAAUUCAGCACAAUCAAGUGCACGCGGCCCCUUCGCCUCAGCUCUACGUAAUUUGGCUAAGCAAGCCGAUAUCAAGGAGGAGGAUGAUAUUAACGUACGUGGUGAGCGCACGGAGCGGCCAGUACAGUUGACCAGUAGCGGUGGUGGCGGCGGCGGCGGCGGCGGCGGCAGCGGUGGUGGUGGUGGUGUUGGCAGCGGCGGUAUUAACGCUGUGGUUAGUGUUGCCAACAGCAACAUAAACGUUUCGAAUUCUGUUCGUUCUUCCAUGGCAAAUGAACGUCUACCACCGACUGGUGGUGGGGGUGGGCAAGUCAGCAGCGUGGACGAACGUUUAAUGGCCAAAAAGCGUACAUCGACACCUCCGCAAUUGACUGAGAAGAUGCCGCGCAUUUCGUCGCAGCAAUCGGUGCAAAUGCAACCUGAGUUAUUGGCGCGCAGCGGUUUUCAGCCCUAUCGAUCGGAUGAACGUCUUAUACAUCCGGCUGGCGCUUUUCCUCUGGACGCCUAUGCCACCUUUGCAGCUUUGCCAACCAUGCCGCCAGGUCCUUUCUUGAGUCCAGCCGGUCUGCCUUAUACCGAUCAAUUGUACUUAGAUCAACGCUUUCAAAUGUUGCGUGCUGCCGGCUCUCACCAUACACAUCCCCACGCACUGUAUCCGCCAAUGGCUUCACCCUAUGCAUCGCAUCUGUACUCGAUGAUACCGGGUGCCGCGCUUGGUUUAGGCUCUGCAUUGCAUGAACGCAUGAAAUUGGAGGAGGAGCAUCGGGCGCGUAUUGCUAGAGAAGAGGAGCGUGAAAGAGAAAUGCAGCGGGAAAAGGAACAACGUGAGCGUGAACGGGAGCAAAGAGAACGGGAACAGCGUGAAAAGGAGCAGCGAGAACGCGAGCAGCGGGAAAAGGAGCAACGUGAGAAGGAGCAAAAAGAGAAAGAGGCGCGUGAACGCGAAAUGCGUGAGAAAGAGCGUGAAGCCAGAGAACGCGAACGACAGAUACUAACUGCUUCGCAUCACUAUACAAGCCAGUUAUAUUCGCCGUUAGGUCGCAAUCUACUCGGCCCGAUGAUGCCACACUUGAGUUUAGGCUUGCGUGCGCCGCCCGGUGCAUUACACAGCCUACCGCCCAUGUCUGCCUACCAUGCAGCGACUCAACGCCAAAGUCCACACGCCGCUAUGGGACUUAAUCUCGGCCUGCCUGGUCUCGGUAGUGUGUCAUCGCUUUCGCAUGGCCCCGGUAGUAUACCGCAUCAUCUGCAACAAACUGCGCUCGGCUUAACACAUGCGGGUGCGGCUGGUCUAACACAUCCCGGCUUUCCCGGUGCCGCGUUAGGAUUGUCGCAUCACGGCAUAAAUCUAACUCAUCCACAUAUCUCACCACACCAUCCCGCAAUGGUGCCCACUCACCAAAUUUCACCACAUGCAUCGUCUAUAGCUUCCACAUCGACGACCACCACAUCGCCGCAUAAUUUGAAUUUGAGCUUGCAAAGCAAUGCGGGUGCCAACAUGAAAGUAUCAGUGCCCGGUAAUGUUGUACAAUCGUCAGCUACGGGCUUACAGUCCUCGAGCGGCAUGACACAGCCUACUUCAACGCUGUCCUCACACAUUCCGCAAAUGAGCAACUCUCUCUACCACUCACAUCACUCUAGUCAACAUCUUUCCAACGCUGGUCUAGCGCCCACAUCUGCCCAUCAACAGCCGCCGACCUCAAUGCCGCUUUCGCUUACUACCAAUUCGGGUCGCAGUCACUCGGCAUCACCAAUCACAAUGAAGGUAGCACAACCACAGCCAAACAACAGCAACUCGGGCAUGCAUAGCCAAAACGGUGGCGGUCGUGCGGCCAGCAGUCCACAUCCAUCACGUCAGCUCGGCAUUGGCGCUGCCCAACAUCAACAAAACGCCGGCCUACAUGAAAAACCAAAUACUUUGGCGCCCAGUGCACUGGAGCCGGCCACAUUGGAUCUAACAGGUUCCAACUCGAACUCCAGCGUGCAGGUCUCAUCAAUAGCCAGUAGUGGCGGCCACAAUACACAUCCGAAUGAAGUGAAUGGUAGCGGUACCGAAAUGUCGACCGACAGAGAACGUAAAGAUGGUGGCAUUACGGUAGCGAAAAAUCUUACGCUCAACGCAAACAACAACCAAGAUAAGAGAAGUCCAUCGGCAUCACCAACAGUCGCCGCCAAAGAUAGCAACAAUGCCGCUUACAAUAUGAGUGUGACCGUAAAUGCCGAGGAUGCCGCACGUCAAUGCAGUCCCAUGCCAACAUCAGCAGAGCCACAUACAUCCAUUUCACCGCCUGCGAAACCCGGUGUAGAUACGAUAGGCGGAACAGGUGUAGGUUCAGGUAAUUACAUCAACAAUUCCAAAGCAAUGGCCGUACCUUCAAACAAUAGUGUUAAAAAGGCUGCCAGUGAAACGCCCAAAACCGGUGUUCUUGUGUCAAACACACAAAAUGCGACGUCGAAUGAAACAGCGCUCGCGGUGGCCAGCGGUGCAAGUGACAUGCAGUCGCCAGUGAAAAUGGCCAACGUCACCAACACUAGCACCAAUUUGUCACCCUCAACGACGGUGCCCGAUGUCGGUGUCACCGUUGGUGGUGUCACGUCCACAACCGGUGGCACCAGUUCGCCGCCAGUCGUGAGUAGCAGCACGAAUAUUGUAAACAACAAUAAGUCGCAACAGAAAUCCGCCAAUACCGAAGAGACGGCGGUGUCUAGUGCGACGCCGACAACAACCACUGCCGCGAUCGAGGUGAAUGGUGGUGGUGGUGGUGGUGGCGGUGGUGUCGGCGCUGGUGGUAACGUCAGCGGUGGUGUUGGCGCAAGUGGUGAUGGCGGUCGGUGAUACUGUGCGACUGCUGUGUGUUUUUGUUCGCCCAACGGGCGCCGACAACACCGAAAGCAACAGCUGCACGCUAUGCUCACGCAAUCUUAUAAAUAUUUAGUAACUGUAAUUACUAUUUAAUCAUAAGCAAAAAGCCAAGCUUCAUGCCAUUGCAGCAUCCCCAUUGAUGGAGUUCGCCGUAUGUUCGUUUCUUCUUUUCCAUUUUACUUUUUAUUAUAAUUUCACAAAACUCUUGAUUAUUUUAUGCUUACA